GGCCCGGGGAUGGAACUUGAGGGAGAGCGUCUGGUGGCUGGGUAUUACCAGUCUCCUGGAGAGGAUCUGGACUCUGUUCCAGUGUGGAGUUUCCUUCGGUGAGAGGCAGCGAGCUGGGUUUGUCUCUGCACAGCUUCACACUGCCCCGCCUCUCCCUCACCGCUUCACCCAUAAAUCAUGCAGGAAGUGACAGCAUGGAGAAGUAAACAGACGCAAAGUUAUUGAAGAGGAGCUGGUUCCUGUGAGCAAAGCGAAGACAGAGUAAGUCGUCACUUAGUCGUAAUGAGGCAGCUUAAAGGCAAGCCCAAGAAGGAAACAUCCAAGGACAAGAAGGAGCGUAAGCAGGCGAUGCAGGAGGCCCGUCAGCAGGUUGCGACAGUAGUGCUGCCCACGCUGGCUGUAGUGGUCUUGCUUAUCAUUGUCUUUGUCUACGUGGCCACCAGACCUGAUACUAUGGAGUAGACACUGAAGAGGCAUCUAUUCCCAAACUGACUGGUUUAGCAAACUGACACUGGCUAUACUGAAAGGAUUACACCCCCAUUGUGAUGCCAUUCAGGCCAGUGACUAGGACUGUUUCUCUUAAUAAAAGCCUCCUCCAGAAUCUGUCUCUAUGUUGCAAACAGAAGAAAACUUUACUCCUCGGUGCCUUCAAAUGUCUGAAGAAAACCACAUGUAAUCCUGGUUGAGCCGUAGAUGGAUUUCUGUCUCACAAAACAAUGCACUAUCCUGCAUACCAAAGUACUUCUGCACCACUUGCCCAAUUUGACAGGUGUUAAAAUGUCUAAAAAAUGUUUAAGGUAAAAAAACAGUUAUGUGACUCAGUGCUGCUGAAAAUAUUUCAAGUCACGGCCACAGAAACCAGGUCCCAGGCCUGUACCACGCUUUGGACAUGACUUACAUUUACAGUAUCUGUAUAAUUGAUAUGUGUCACAUCCAUCCAUUUUCACAUGUUUGGAAUCAUUCUCAUACCUGCCUUGUGUGAAUGCCACUGUGGAAUAUGUUAUCUUGUGACCAGUAGGAUCAAACACACGUGCAUUUGUUCAUCUUUCAAAUGAUUGUAAGCCUGAUCCACCAAGUCACUGACAUCCAAAUGUUUGAGUUUAAUGACUUUUGUGCAGAUGUAACAAAGUGCCUUAAUAAAUUUGCUUUUAGUCAAAUGAGGAAGACAGACUGAUUUCAUAGUAUGAAUAUUUCACCUUUCUCUGUAUGUUUUUCUAUGAAGUGUAGUAAACCAUGAUUGUACUGGUAUUUAUUAAAACAGGGGGUUUGCUACUUGUUCUCAGAUGCAGUCUUUUCAGCAACACUGUUUAAAAAACACACGAAUGUGCAGUUUCUGAAUAUUUUCACCCUCGAAUGAAUUUUCCAAAUGUCACUUUUCAGUGACCUAAAACUGUGUUUGCACGUGGGCGAAAUGCCAAAGCAUACACAAAUAUCAGCAUUUUACAAAAAUGUUGUGCAUAUGUUGUGGUCAUUAAAAAAAAUCAUGAUUAGACUUGA